AUGUCGAAAGACGCCGAGCUGAGCGACGAAGCCGCCGCGCUCAUCAAGAGCGACGUCAACCUCUACGAGCUCCUCGGCCUCGACUCGGCCGCCUCGGCGUGCGACGACAAGGCCAUCAAGUCGGCCUGGCGCAAGACGUCGCUCAAGUACCACCCGGACAAGAACCGCGACGACGCGGCCGCGGUCGACAAGUUCUACCUCGCCAAGAACGCGGCCGAGCUGCUGCAGAACGCCGAGGCGCGCGCCAAGUACGACGCGCACCGCGAGGCGAAGCGGCGCGGCGAGGCGCAGCGGGAGCGGCUGGAGGGGAAGCGGCGGCGGCUGAUGGACGAGCUGGAGCGGGCGGAGCGCGGCGCGAAGAGGAAGCGGGAGGAGGAGGUGGGCGAGCGGGACAGGGUCGAGAGCGAGGUGAAGCGGUUGGCGAGGGACGGGGAGAGGAGGAGGAGGGAGAGGGAGGAGGCGAGGGCGAGGGAGCGCGAGGAGGAGGCGAGGAGGGAGGAGGAUGCCAGGCGCGAGAGGGAGAGGGAGAGGCGGAGGCAGGACGCGGCGCCGCCGCCGCAUUGGCAGCCGGGCGCUUCGGUCGGGUCGGCGGCGGCGACGAGGGAGGAUGCCGCCGCGACGCCGGUGAAGAAGAGGAUGUUUGAUGGGGCGGCGACGACGACGAGGAGUGCGCCGAGUACGCCGGCGGGGAAGAAGCCGGCGUUUUCGUUUAGUCCGAAGCCGGCGGCGGGUGGGGGGAAUAGGUUCGAGCAGGAUACGUUGGCGAGGUUGAAGGCGAAGCAGGAGGAGAAGAGGAAGUUGGCGGAGCAGAUCAGGGCACAGGAGGCGGCGGAGACGCAAACGUGA